AUGGAGAGAUCAAACAAUCAUUUGUUGGAUGUUCUAUUUGGGUCAGCAUCAUUAUCACCACCGCUGCAGGGCGGUCCUGAUAGUGAUGAUUUACAAUUUUUCAACUCUAACUUGGACCAAUCACAGCGCGAGGCUGUGAGGUUUGCCCUUCGGCAGAGGGAGCUGGCCAUCAUACAUGGGCCCCCAGGUACUGGCAAGACAACGACCGUGGUGGAAGUCAUCAAGCAGUCUGCAGUUAGGAGAGGGCUUAAGGUCUUAGUCUGUGCCCCGUCGAACAUAGCAGUGGACAACUUGGUGGAGAAGUUGAGUGACUCGAAGUUGAAGAUGGUCAGGCUUGGCCACCCGGCACGUAUCAUGCCAUCUAUCGUCAAUUACUCACUCGACGCCGUCCUCGAGUCGUCGGAUGAUACCAAGAUAGCCGAUGAUAUCAGGAAGGAUAUCAAUCAAACUCUGAACAAGCUAAGAAACCCGAAGAAGACACCACCAUCAUCAUCACCGACGAUGAUGGAGAGAUGGAAACUGCGGGAUGAGAUGAGGAUUUUGAGGAAGGAGUUGAAGGAGAGGGAGGAGCAAGCCGUGACCGAUGUGCUUGCCAGAUCUCGGGUAGUGCUGUGCACACUGACAAUGGCUUCUGAUGACGGACCCAUGUCACCGAAUCGAUUUAAAGAUCUGUUUGACGUCGUCGUCAUUGAUGAGUGUUCGCAGACCUCCCAUCAACCUAAUAACCCCACACACAACAGCGAGGCAAAGCUUCAGCUACAGACGAGCCUCAUGGAGCGACUGAUCGAACGCUUCACGUCAUCGUCGGCUGCUGGCAACGGAGACGUGGUUCGAAUGCUGACCACGCAGUAUCGAAUGCACGAGGAUAUUAUGUGCUGGUCGUCUGAAACUUUUUAUGGCGGGAAAUUAUCGGCCCACAGUUCCGUGGCUCAUCAUUUGCUAAGGGACCUGCCUGCUGUUGAACCGACGGACGAGACAACCACGCCCCUCCUGCUGGUCGACACCAGUGGCUGUGGCUACCAGGAGGUCUGCCUGGAAGAUGGCGUGUCCAAGGGUAAUGAAGGUGAAGCUGAUUUAGUCUGCUGUCAUGUUAACAGACUGUUGAAGGCUGGAGUUAAGGAAGAAUGCAUUGGAGUUAUUGUACCAUACAACUUACAAGUUGAAAUACUGCGUCAGAAGAUGUCUGAGAGGUUCGCGAGGGUUGAGGUAAGAUCAGUUGAUGGUUUUCAGGGUAGAGAGAAGGAGGUGGUCAUCAUAUCGUUGGUGCGGUCCAAUGCGGUUGGCGAGGUGGGCUUCCUAGCUGAGAAACGCCGCAUCAACGUAGCAGUGACCAGGGCCCGUCGUCAGCUGGCCAUCAUCUGUGACGUAACCACUGUGUCACUUGUUCUCGAAGGAGCAAGUUAUUGUGCUGCCCCAGCAACGACGCAUCGUACGACAACAUCGGUGAAACGUUCCGCCAACAAGACAACAACAACAUCUAAAAAACCUUCGAAAUCGAAUGCUAGAAAGCUGAACGAAAAUUGCAGCAGAGCAGACCAGACGACAGCCCUAAAGGGUCACAGCCAACAGCAGCAGCCCACCAUCGACUCGCAAGUUCAACACAAUCGUCGAAAUGUUAAAAAGCUAUGCGAGGAGUUGGAUAUAUGCCAUGUGAGCAGAGGCAUGGCUCAGGAUCGCUACAUCGAAAUAUCGAAAAAAUUUCCACCCGCUGAUGAUGGUGAUGACGAUGACGAUGUUGAUGGUGAUGAUGAUGAUGAUACUGGUGGCGAUGGUGAUGAUGGUGGUGGUGUUGUUGAUGGUGAUGAUGACAAUGUCGAGGAUGAUGAGGAGGAGGAAGACUACGACGAUGGCGAUAAACAUCGCGAGGAGGAUAAUGAGAAAGAUACCCCGAGUUAUUUCUACGACAAUUCAACUGAUAGCUAUCCGACUGGUGGAAUGAUAGAAAAAAAUGUUACUCUAACUACUCGUGAAGAAGUACAAACUCCAGCGAGCAAAACUGAAUGUUACUGGGACCCCUUCUCUGAUGGUGCCACUGGCAACCAAGUCUUCGAAAGUGACAAUUACCAUGGUGCCGAUCAAAAUGAUCGUAAUAACUUAUGUUUGAAUGACGAAGCUGUUGGAGUCCGACCUCAAUCCACAAAAAGUCUCGACCACUCGACCACUUCUGCUGCCGCUGGUAGCAAAGAUGUUAUUCACAACUCUGAGUCUCCAUCUCGGUGUGGACCAGCACUAACAUCACAAAGUCCAGACGAAGAUGUUCAGUCGAAAAAAAAUACGGCGAGAAAGAAGAAGAGGAAUAAAAAAAGUUCAAGCAGACAAGAGACGGAAGACUCUACAAAUGAUGUUGCUGGUGGUGCUGCUGGCUUUGACGAAAUAAUAAAAGCAGCCCAGCUACAGAAUAGCACGUGCUCCAAGGAAGGAUGCAACGCAAAAGUUACAGUACUUGGUCAGAAUUGUGCCUUCUGUCGCCAACGUUUCUGCCUCAACCACCACCUAGCGGAGGCUCAUGGAUGUGGCGAGGCAGCAAAAAGGGCGGCAAGAAAGCAGCUGGCGACAGAUCAAAAGUUGUACCCUGGCUCCGGUGUACCUCCCAAAACUCUCAAACCCGAUAAGCGGGCACAGUUGAAAUCGAAGUUGAACAAAAAGCUCGAAAAAUUAACCUCUGAACGAGUCGGUAAAACGGACAAAAGUAAUGAAAGAUGA